AUGUCAGGGCCAAAGCCUGAGGACCUGCAGCUGCUGCGGGAGACGAUAGCCCAGGUCACCACCGCCCCGCUGGCCUGCGCGGCCCCCUUCUACUCCUGGACUCCUGGGCCUCGGCAGACCCCCGCCCAGGCCCGGGCCGCGCAGGCGCAGUGCGGCCCCGCCCGGCCUGCGGAAGGCGCCGCCCCGAGCGCGGUCCCGCCGGGCCCCGCGCCGCCCGCGCCCGCGCCCGCGCAGCUGGUGCAGAAGGCGCACGAGCUCAUGUGGUACGUGCUGGUCAAGGACCAGAAGCGGAUGAGCAUCUGGUUUCCGGACAUGGUGCGGGACGUCAUCGGCACCUACAAGAAGUGGUGCCGGAGCAUCCUGCGGCGCACCAGCCUCAUCCUGGCGCGCGUGUUCGGGCUGCACCUGCGGCUCGUGUGCGGCCGCCCCCUGCGGCUCGCCAGCCUGCACACCAUGGAGUUCGCGCUGGUCAGGGCUCUCGAGCCCGCCGAGCUGGACAGGGCGGCGCUGGGCGGCCGCAUGCCCAUGGCCGGCCUCCUGCUGCUCAUCCUCAGCCUCAUCUACGUGAAGGGCCGCGGCGCGCGCGAGAGCGCCGUCUGGAACGUGCUGCGCGUCCUGGGGCUGCGGCCCUGGAAGAAGCACUCCACCUUCGCGGAUGUCAGGCGGCUCAUCACCGAGGAGUUCGUGCAGCGCAACUACCUCAAGUACCAGCGCGUGCCCUGCGUGGAGCCCCCCGAGUACGAGUUCUUCUGGGGUGCCCGGGCCAGCCGCGAGAUCACCAAGAUGCAGAUCAUGGAGUUCCUGGCCAGGGUCUUUAAGAAGGACCCUCAGGCCUGGCCCUCCCGGUACCGAGAAGCCCUGGAGGAGGCCCGAGCCCUGCAGGAGGCCAACCCCGCACCCCCCGGCCCGCGCAGCUGCCUGGCGGAGGACUAGGGGUGGGGCGGGAGGCGCCUGAGCAUCCGUGGAGUGGCGGGGCGGGGCGGGCGCAGAGGGCCCGCGGCCAGUGCAGUAUUUCACGUGUACCCUGUUUUCAGUACAGUGCUUUUCUACCUUCUAACGCAGCGUGGCACCCCUCUGGGUACCCCGAGUAGCUGUAGGGUGCGUGCAUGUUUGUUUAUACGUCCGCUCGGUUGGUGCUUUCGCUUUCGUGCUGGAUUUUUGUACCAGAGACGUGCUAACCUUAUGAAAUCAUUGAGAAAUUUCCAUCUUAGGUUCUGUGGGGCCGCCGAUGUGUAGUGGGGGAGACUGCGCCUGAGGAGUUGGGGAGAACCCGGAGCAAGCGGGCCUGGCCCAGGGCUGUGCAGGACGCGUGGGUGGACUGGCUGGGACUGAGCGGGACGAAACGUCUCUGCGGCGCUUGGCACCCUCACUAACACUCGCAGCCCCACCACGAGUAAACUGCAGACAUUAAAGAUCCUUGUGAUA